CGGCUCGGCCCGGGAGGCCCCUGGGGUCGGCGGACCCGCCGCAGCGGCGCAGCCUGCGCCGCGCGCCUCCGCGGCGCCCAUGGGGGCUCCCCGGGCGGCGCCCUGUGAGGAGAAGGAGGACGAGGCGCAACAGUCCGAGGUGCGGCACGUCCGCACGUUCCCGGGCGCGCGCCGCUGCCUCGUGGACGUCCCCGGCUUCGGGAUCAGCGCGGGGCCCCGGCGGCAUGACGAGAACGACAGCCCGACGAGCACGUCGAGCACGGCCGCGUCUUACCCGGCAUUCGACGACUCCUGGCCGCUGCAGAAGUUGCAGGGCGCCAGAAGUUGCACUAGUCUGCAGUCGAGGAGGGGCUGCAGGGUGGCUUUGCCGCGCCGGCGCGAAGAAGCGGACUGCUGCGAUUGCUUUGCGCUCCAUGGGUACAGCGCGGGGUGCGUGAUAGGUCGCAGCCAGCUGAAUCGCGGCUUCAGCGUCGUCUCCGUGACGAAGGGUGGCGCCACGUUUGCGGCCAAGGUGACCGACGAGGGCGUUGGCGAGGGCAUAUUGCGCGAUACGCUGAAGAGGGAGCACGAGAUCCUGAGUGGCUUGGACCACAAUGGGAUCGUUCGCGCCGUCGCGCUGAUUGAGGCCACCGUCGGGUGCGGCAUGGUGAUGGAGUACUGCAGCGGGUCGCUGCUGGAGUCCCACCUGCCAGCAGGCAGCAUGCUCUGUUGCGUGGGCCGCCACGCGGUGCUGGAGCGCAUCCUGGACGCGGUCGCCUACCUCCACGGCCAGCAGGUGGCCCACAGGGACCUCCACGCGGAGAACGUCAUGGUCGACCUCCCCGCCGUGCGGCGGGCCGGGGCGCCCCCCGCGGCCCCCGGGGUCAAGAUCAUCGAUUUCGGGAGCGCGCGACUCGUUGCGGCGGAGGGCGGAGACCAGGCGUCCCAGCUCGACAGCGACAUCAGCCCCGGCAUCAAGCCGCCCGAGUGCACGUGGGACGUCCCUCGCCCGUUCGCCUGCGACGUCUUCCAGGCAUGGCGGACGAAGGCAAACGUGCCGGCGGCCAUACCGGGUCGACACCAACUAAGCAGAAGAAGAAGAAGGAGGAGGAGGAGGCAGGAAUGGUUGGAUCUGCGAGGGGUUCGAAUGACGAGAUCGUGGUUGCGAACACUCCUCCAAAGUGGUUUCAGGAUUUCGAACAACGUCUAUCGAAGCAGCUCGAAGGCAUCACGACCAACAUCGACAAGGCGAGGAUCGAAGCACAGGACGCCAGGAGGGCAGCAGAGGAGGUACAGGAGAAGAUGGAGGACAUGGAAAUGGAGGUGGAGGGCAUGCGGAACGACCUUCAACAACUCUACCUGACCAAGAACCAAGUCGAGGAGAUGAUCGCGAGCAAGCUGCAAGACUUCAAAGACAGCAAGCUUGGCGACGCCAGGGGCAAUCUCCAGAACACGAAAAAUACCGAGGACAGGAGCAAGCAGGUGGUCGCGCUUGGGUUUAAGGAGCCACUACCUUCGGGAGAGUUGGAGAACAAGUUGAAGGGGAUCUUGGCACAGAUUUUGGAGGACAUCAGCAGCGUCCACGUGAGCACCUUCAAC